AUGGCUACACAAGCUCUAGUGUCGUCAUCAUCUCUUACCUUUGCAGCUGAGGCUGUGAGGCAGAGUUUUGGAGCAAGAUCACUUCCAUCUUCAGUUGGUUGUUCUAGAAAAGGUUCCUUUGUUGUCAAGGCAGCUGCUACUCCUCCUGUCAAGCAAGGUGGAGCUGAUAGACCCUUGUGGUUUGCAUCAAAGCAAAGUCUUUCUUACUUGGAUGGAAGCCUACCAGGUGACUAUGGAUUUGACCCUCUAGGACUAUCAGAUCCCGAAGGAACAGGAGGUUUCAUCGAGCCAAGAUGGCUAGCAUACGGUGAGGUAAUCAACGGUCGCUUCGCAAUGUUGGGAGCAGUCGGAGCUAUAGCGCCUGAAUAUCUCGGCAAAGUCGGUUUGAUCCCACAGGAAACAGCCCUGGCUUGGUUCCAAACCGGCGUGAUCCCACCUGCAGGAACAUACAACUACUGGGCAGACAAUUACACACUCUUCGUGUUGGAAAUGGCGCUGAUGGGAUUCGCAGAACACCGAAGAUUCCAAGAUUGGGCCAAACCUGGUUCCAUGGGAAAACAAUACUUCUUAGGACUUGAAAAAGGCUUUGGAGGUUCUGGUAACCCUGCAUACCCUGGCGGACCUUUCUUUAACCCUCUCGGUUUCGGUAAAGAUGAGAAAUCUAUGAAGGAGUUGAAGCUUAAGGAAGUGAAGAAUGGAAGGUUAGCUAUGUUGGCAAUAUUGGGAUACUUUGUUCAAGGUCUUGUUACAGGAGUUGGACCAUACCAGAACUUGUUAGAUCAUGUGGCUGAUCCUGUCAACAACAAUGUCUUGACGAGUCUCAAGUUUCAUUGA